AUGUCGGAGCAAAGAGCUGUUUUUGUGGGUGCCGGAACUGCCGGCAGGGGCAUCGCCGACUUGACCUCGUUGGCAAUCGCUCGUGAGACCGGCAAGACAAUGGAAGAAUCUCGGAAACAGAUCUGGCUCGUGGACUCUCUUGGCCUCGUUGUGCAGUCCCGGAUCGAUGUUGAGUCGCACACGAUGCCCCAGCCCUUCGACAAAGACGUGUGUCGGAAAAUUGGCGAGAUCAACAGGCGCCCGAUCAUCUUUGCGCUGAGCAAUCCUACAUCCAAGUCCGAGUGUACAGCCAAGGAGGCCUAUACAUUUACGGACGGCAAGUGCAUGUUCGCGAGUGGCAGCCCGUUCGACCCGGUAGAGAUCGAUGGAAAGCUCUGCGUUCCUGGACAGGGCAAUGAUUCCUAUAUUUUCCCUGGUGUUGGAUUGGGCGUGGUUGCUGCUGGUCUGACCCACGUGGACGAUGAAAUCAUGAUCAUCGCUGCCAAACACACUAGCCAGUCUGCUUUUUACAACAAUAUCUUACACGAUGUUGUGUAUCUGCUGUUGCUCCAGGGUUUCAAGCGAGGUGAUACUACCGUGUCCAAGCCCGAAAACAUGACGCACUACCUGCAGGACUUUAUGCAUAAACCUUAG